AUGUACGUGGUUGAAACUAUACAAGAAAUCUUGAAUCGGCAUAGUCCAUUUGUGCGGACACUUCAUCACCUAGCACAACGCGAAGAUUUGGAAACUUGUAGACUCAUCAUUAGAGAGCAACCUGCAAACCAACGUCAGUAUAGUUUGCCUACAGAGUCUCAGGUUGCUGCAGUAAUAGUGGAUGCAGAUGAUGCAGAAAAUCUCAGAGGUCGUGAUAUUGUAGUACAGACAAGAGAGGGUCAACUUUUAAAUGUCCAAGACUGUGCGGGCUACUCUGAUCCUUUACAAUAUCCAUUGCUUUUACCUUAUGGCACAUAUGGAUGGGAUGUGAAUAGUCGGAAUAAUAAUGGUACAAAAUUGACGUGUCGUGACUAUAACGCAUAUAUUUUGCAGAUUCGUCCACAUGAUGAAUCAAUUUUACUUCGAGGAGGCCGCCUGUUACAACAAUAUGUCGUCGAUAAUUAUGUGAAAAUUGAGACACAAAAGCUGAGAUGGAUUCGCAGUAAUCAAGAUACCCUGCGACGUGAACUUUAUAAUGGACUCCAAGACUCGCCAAAUGCAGGUGAAAACAAUGCAGGUAACAUUGGUCGCAGAACUAUUUUGCCUUCCUCAUUUAUUGGUAGUCCACGUGAUAUGCACCAGAGAUACAAAGAUGCAAUGGCUUUGGUCCAAAAAUACGGGAAGCCAGAUAUUUUUCUCACAAUGACAUGCAACCCGAAUUGGGAAGAAAUAAAGGUAGAGUUAUUACCGGGUCAAGUGGCACAAGAUCGCCCAGAUUUAUGUACCCGGAUUUUUCGUGCCAAAUUUGAAGAGCUGAAGGAAGACGUUAUCAAAAAGGGGGUCUUAGGUACUGUUGUUGCACAUGUUUAUGUCAUCGAAUUUCAAAAACGUGGUCUCCCACAUGUUCAUAUGCUUCUCAUGUUAAAUGACGAUGAUAAGUUGAAUAACCCGGAUGAUUAUGACCAAAUUGUUCAAGCUGAAAUACCAAGUUAA